AAUCUGCGUGUAGCCGAGCUAGGAGGGGGGCUCGGGGGUGUCCCGGGAGGUUGUUGGACAGCGGGUCAGGGCCUGGCGGCCUUAAGGCUUGGGCGAAUACAGAAGGGGCUUCAGCCACCCCUCCGGAUGCUGGUGUUGCCGUCGCCCCCCUGCCCGAAGCCCCUGGCGCUUCCGUCCGCAGAGGCCAUGGAGGCCCCUCCUUCUCGGACAGGCAGGUCCCCAGAGCCCGGACCUUCCUCCUCCACGGGACCUCCCCAGCCUUCCUCCCCUCCGAGGCCCAACCACUACCUGCUUAUUGACACCCAGGGCAUCCCGUACACCGUGCUGGUGGACCAGGAGUCUGAGAGCGAGCCCGGGGCAGAUGGGGCUUCAGCUCAGAAAAAGUGCUACAGCUGCCCCGUGUGCUCCCGGGUCUUCGAGUACAUGUCAUACCUGCAGCGACACAGCAUCACCCACUCAGAGGUGAAGCCCUUUGAGUGCGACACCUGCGGGAAAGCAUUCAAGCGGGCCAGCCACCUGGCCCGGCACCACUCCAUUCACCGGGCGGGAGGUGGGCGACCCCAUGGCUGCCCGCUCUGCCCUCGCCGCUUCCGCGAGGCCGGUGAGCUGGCCCAGCACAGCCGGGUCCACUCGGGGGAGCGCCCGUUUCAGUGCCCACACUGCCCGCGCCGGUUUAUGGAGCAGAGCACCCUGCAGAAGCACACUCGGUGGAAGCACCCAUGAGCCGGGCUGCCGGGCGCCCCAGUGCCAUGGGGUUCUGGGGAGAGCCCGGACUCUUGUCACCCUCAGACAGCUGGCCAGUGCCGAAGGCUGGGUUGCAGCCCUGGACAUAGACACCGACACACCUCCUGCAAAGGCCAAGCCCUGCCUGAAGGAGGAGCCCCUGAGUAGCCUUCAGGUCCUUCCUGUUUCUCGGAGAUCCAGAUGGAAAGACCUUUCAGAGCGUGGAGCCCUCCAGCGUCAGGCCGAGCCCUGACCAGGUGCGGGAGAGGCUGCGGUGUGUGGAAAUCCUCCAGCCUGAACCUCGGGGUUGGAAGCCAUCAGGUAUCUGCACCAGCUUCCUGACGCCCCCGUGUUGAUGCCGGGGGAAGGGGCCCCAGACCUGCCUCCCACCCCCCAGCCAGGCCCCGAGACUGGACACCCAGUAAACACCUUUCCUGUUUUGA